GUUAGACUUCUCAUUUAUCUAUUAAGUAGUUAAUUGUUAGACUUCUCAUUUAUCUAUUAAAUUAGUUAACUGUUACAUUUCUCUACAUUUCUCUUUAAAGAAAAAAAUAGUUAAAGUAGUACUACCUCCGUCCCUAAUUGUUGUUCCAAAAUAAAGUGGCACACAGAUUAAGAAAGUAGGAAUUGUGUGGUGGAGAGUUGUGCAGAAGAGAGAGAAAUGUUGUGAACCACAAAUUCUUUGCCAAAAAGGGAAAGUGAAGUUCUUUUUGGGACAGCCCAAAAAGGAAAGUUGGAACAACAAUCAGGGACAGAGGGAGUAUAUUUUUACAUUUGUCAUAUUUCAAUUAGUUAAAGUACUUAAUUGUUUCAUUUGUCAUAUUAAAAUUAGUUAUUUCAUACAUUGCUCAUUAAAGUAAAAAAAACUAGUUAAGUUUUACAUUUGUCAUAAUAAUAUUAGUUAAACUACUUAAUUGGUACAUUUUUCAUAUUAAUAUUACUUACUUGCUACAUUUCUCAUUAAAGUAAAAAAAAGUAGUACAUUUUUACAUUUGUCAUAUUAGUAUUAGUUAAAGUAUACAUUUCUCAUUAAGGUAAAAAUAACUAGUAAAUUUUUACAUUUGUCAUUUUAAAAACUACCUAAAGUAGUUAAUUGUUAAAUUUGUCAUAUUAAUAUUAGUUAAACUACCUAAUUGUUACAUUUCUCAUAUUAAUAUUAGUUAAUUUGUACAUUGCUCAUUAAAGUAAAAAAAAACUAGUUAAUUUUUACAUUUCUCAUAUUUAUAUUAAUCAAACUAGUUAAUAUUUAGUUAAUUGAUACAUUUCUCAUUAAAGUAUUAAUUAGAAGUAGUUCGAUUUUUAUACUCAUAUUUUAGUUCGAAUUUGCAAUAGUUUUCUUAGUCACAUUUUAUUAUUACUAUUGUACUCAUAUAAAAUAUUUGAUAUCAUUUAAUAUUUGUUCAAUUUUAAAGAUGGAACGUGGUAGACAUUCUGUAGAUGUGGGUAAUCUCCAACGCAACCGCAAGAGGGAGAUUGCGUCGACUCGUCCUACUUCACGCAAAGGCAAAGGUAAAGCGCGGGCCGAGUCUUCUUUUCAAAGUCGAGAUGAUUUUGAAACAGAUUACCAACGGAGAGAUGAUAUGAUGAUGUCCGACGAGCAUCUACAAAACCUAUUGUCCCAAAACGAUCCACGCUUUGCACAAGAACAACCCAUCCCGACAACCAUUGAUGAAGAGGAGCUCGAGGAUGAUGAUGCGGAGGAGGACGCGGGGGGCGACGGGACUCACGGCACCCCGGAUGAUGAGCAAGACUUGGAGGACGAGGGCGGUUCAACCCAAACUGAUCGCAAAAUAGAUCUACGGCAUUGGCUUCUCAACUUCUCAGCUGUCUCCUUCAAUUCGAUCUACGGCAUUAGCUCCUCAGCUUCUCCUUCCUUUCGACCGGAAAAUUCCUCAACUCCUCAGCUUCGCACAAAUCAAAUUGCUUUCCAAUUCUCAUCGCUCAAUUCCUCACUUGAACAAAUCGAUUGUUGAAGAGGCAAGGCCAAAAUUGCAGAAGAGUUGGGAGAAGUAGCAGAGGAAGAUGAAGCCAUGGUAUGGUUGUAGAAGAAGAGGCGAUACCUCUGAACUCAGCCACUGUACCGCUCCUCAGUUCUCAUCUCUCAAUUCCUCCCAUGAACAAUCGAUUAAUGAAGAGACAUGGCCGAAAUUGCACAUGAAUUGGGAGUAAUUGCAGAGGGAGACGAAGCCAUGGCUGCAGAAGAGGAUAUGCCCCCGCAUUCUUCUUUGGUGCCACUUCUCCAGGCCAUCUUCGUUAGUAAGCGAUGAGGUACUGUUCGUAUUUUUAUUUAGCAAUUUUAUUGAUUUUAUUAAUUAAUUUUAUCAAUUCUAUAUUCUCAUUUUCAUUAUUCUAUGAUUCAACAAACUAUUUUUCUUCUCAUUUCCGUAAUUACCAAUUUCAAUAUUGGCCGAAAUUGCAAAUGAAUUGGGAAUAAUAGCAAAGGAAGAUGAAGCCAUGGCUGCAGAAGAGGAGAUGCCCCUGCAUUCUUCUUCGGUGCCGCUUCUCCUGGCCAUAUUCGUCAGUAAGCAAUGAGGUACUGUUCGUAUUUUUAUUUAGUAAUUUUAUUUAUUUUAUUAUUUCAUUUUCAAUUCUUUAUUCUCAAUUUCAUUAUUCUAUUAUUCAACCAACGAUUUUUCUUCUCAUUUUCGUAAUUACCAAUUUCAAUAUUGUUUGCUUACUCAGAUAUGGAUAAUAAGCUCAAGUUUAUUGAGCUUUUACUUGAAGAUGAUAGAAGAAAUUUUUAGCAUUCAUUGGUUGUUAAUAAGCUUUCUAAAUUGGUUAGAUCUGAGUAAUAAAAAGGGAUAUGCUUCAGAUUGUUUUUUAUCAAUACUAAAGAAAGUCAAGCAUUGUGAAAAACUAAAAAUACUAUGAACAAUCUGUUUUAAAGAUUGCUUAAUACUACCUCCUUUCAUAGGUGCAAACUUAAUGAAAUAGACAGGGAAAAUUGUCUUUUCCUUCCUCUUCUCGAUUUCAAGAUGUAGAAGUAGGUCGUUGGUUGAGUAGUGUUGGUUCCUCUUCUUAAUUAGGAUUCAACUAACUUCCCAUAGUCAACCUCAUCGAGGUAAUUGAUUCAAUUUUAUUUUAUCUUAUUUUAUUGGUUUACAUGUACUUUUGUAUAUCUUUGUUUUUUCUAUAUUUAGUUAAUCAACAUUGUUAUGGAAAUCCUAUGAUGGCAUCAAAUCCCGGAGAUCUUGAUAGUUGACAUAAGCAUAAGUUUCUAAUGAUCCUCCCAUUUUUUAAUUUCAAUUAGGAAUUAAGACUUAUGAGUUAUGACAUUCUUUUUAUAUUAGAAAUUGAAGUGAUGAUCUAACUGUACUUUGAUGAGUAUUAACAAGGGCUACAGUUUGGAUCGUGAAUUUGUCAUAGUUAGUCACUUAGUCCUCAAGGCUUUGUUCUGAAACAAAUGUUUGUUCAAACUCACUCUUUUUACUUCUUAAACCCUUAUAUGUAUUUAAUUGGUCAAACUCAAUCGUGCUCCUCUUUAUAUUCUCCUUCACUUUUAACGUUGAGACUUUAUCACACUAUUUAGUAUUAAAGUAUUUAAAAUAGAUGACUAUUUAAAUUUGAAAUGUCCUCUUUGCCUAUUUUACCUGUGCAGUUCUAAUUUCUUUGCUAUUAUUAUAGUCAUUCUGCACUGUUGCUAGGAGGAUCCUUCACCAAAUUGUUCUUUUAUUAGUACUCCAUCUGUUCAGAAUAAGGUUCUCAAAUUUAAAUAUAAUAGUAGUAUCAUGUUGUUUAAGAUCAGCUCUCACUGUACUUGACUUCUACCACCUACUUUACAUAAAUGAACUUUGAGAACAUGAGAAAUCAAAUAAAAGUCAUGUUAAAAGUCAUAUUAGAAUGCCAAAUCAAAUAUGAGAAAUAAAUUAAUAAAGUAAAAUUACAAUUAGAAAUCUUGAUUUUUGAGAAACCAGAUUGAUAUGUUAAAAGUCAUGUUAAAUAUAUCACUUAAAUGGUGGGUAAGUAGUGGAACAUCCAUCUUAAAUCACAGAGAAUAUGUAACAUGUCGUUGAAUCCCGUUUUAUCGUAUAGCGACUUCAGUUGGUUGUUCUUCCAAAUGGGGUGGAGUUCAUUGUUAUUAUUAUUAGUUAUUUUAAGAUAACAUUGAAUGUAAUUUACUCUAUCCAAUUAGGAGAAUUUGGGCCAAAAGGCUGAACUUUUUGUGUUUUCCUAUUGUUUGACAUGGCUGGAGAUUUCUCUUUUUAUGGGUUUUCUAAAAUUGUAAGCGGCUGCUGCUUUUUAUUAUCAAGAAUGCUUUAUUGAGGUGAUCCUUUCUCUGUUUCAGUAUCUACUCUUAUAUUAUUUUAAAGGCAGACAUUUUUUCUUAAGACUAUGAUUACAUUAUCUCUUUUUUUGGAUUUCGUAUCCGAAAGGGGCGUGUUCUUUAAGGGUUGACAUUAGACCUUUAGUUCCCCUUUGGAGAGCCAUUAUGUUCUUGAAUACUUGAGUUGAAAGUUAUUUUUUAAUUUAUGUAGGUUGACCUGGUAGGUCAUAUGUAAAGGCUCUAGAUCUAUAGGGUGUUAUGAUUCUUAUGAACAUCAUCAGAUUGACAAUGGUGGUGGAGUUCCUAUAUUCUCUUUUUUGUCAAUAUCUUCUUUUGGUAUGCAUCUCUUUUACUUGAUCUGGAUCUAUUCCUAUUGAAAGUAUAAAAUGUGAAGUCUAUGAUAUAUAAAAUCAGUUUUUAAAAUCUUCUCUGUAAUCAAACAACUGAUAUUCCAUUACUUGAAACUCGACCAACUCUAGACCUCUAGGGAUUCUAUUUUAUAUUUCAAAGUGGAAGAUCCUCAUCAGUACUGGCAGAGAAGAAAAAGCUAUGAAAAACGAAUAAUUGAAAGUGUUUGUUUCAUAAAUUUUUCAUACAAAAUAUACUUAUAUACAUGGUAUAAUAAAAAAACAAUUUUAAGAAGUCACAUGUACCUGCAUUUAAAAAUAACCAACCAAAUAGUUUAAGCUCUUUGAUGCCUGUAUAAGUAUACAUGUCAACUGAUUGUUAUAUUAGCAUUCAUACCAACAACUACACUUGAAAGCAUCAACCCAGUCUUACUUGCCAACUAGCACGUUUAGUUUCUUUAUGGGAGUAUAACCAGAUGGAAAAGAAAGAAGCUUAAUAAAGGAGUAUAACCAGAUGGAAAAGAAAGAAGCUUAAUAAAUUGUAAGCUUAUGUGAGUAUCAUCAUUUUUAAUUAGAGUGACAAAUAAAAACCAGCAUUUUUAUCUAAGUUUUUGUUCUUAGUGAUUAUUUCCUCUACAGGCAGCUUAUGCUAUUAUGUUUGAUAGCAUGAGUUGUCGUUCAACUCUUUGGACCAAGAGGUUAAAAGAAGUAUGCUUAGAACCCUUCAUCAACUAUUUUUUCAAGGAUAGCAUGAUCUUGAUCAAUUGUUUUAAAUUAUUUUUAUCCAUACUCGAGAAGUCAAAUUUAUUUAUAUAACUUUCUACUUUUAAAUUUAUCAAGGUCAUUAAAAGUGAUUUGAACCUUUAGGAGGCCUCAAUAUUUCAAGCACCCGAGAGCUCUAAAGAAAACCCUAGCAAAAGAGAAACUUAAUGUGUGAACAUGCUAACCAGUAAUUGAAAUUUGCUUAAUAUGGGUGUUUUAUUAUGCUCAAGGUAUAACUAUGGAGUAGUCAUUGCUGGUGAGAAAGAAGUUGUCAUAGUUGCUGAUUGUUUUGGACACUUUUGAAAAGCAUCGAUUUCCAAUAAGCACACAAGUGGAUGACUUAACUUACCUGGAUGCUAAAGCAAUACAACUAGCAUGCAAGCCACUUUCUUAGUAUCUUGAAAUAUUAAUUCAUUUAUGCCACUUUUGUAGGUGAAGCAAAAGAUGUAAU